UUGCUAGCUAAAAACAGGGGAAAGGUGUGGAAGGAAUCACGGGUCCACAAAAGAAGGCCUAGAGGCUCCACAAUUCAAGGCGUUCGUGGUAAGGCAUCGCAGCGCCAGCACCAGCGCCCAGGCAUUGUUUUUCAAUGAUUCCUUUCGAAUCUCGUGCGCAUAUAACUCGCAUCGACCUAGAUCCCAUUGAUCCAGCGCCACGUUUGCCUCUCCAAUCUCGCGAUCAAUCAGAGAUGGAUGCAUGGCCUCGCCCUCCACCGCUCCAAUCCAAUUUUUCCUCCUCGCCCAUAGCCCACUUGAGAAGUGGAAGAGAAUAUAAAGGCAGGGAAAAAAAAAGAGAGGAGAGGACAGGCAAAGCUCCAAACAACAGGGUCUCUCUCGUCCCUUUGGCUGUCGCGCAGCAGCAAUUCUGGCAGUGGCACUGCGGAUUUUUCUUGGAAGCUCCAAUCCAGCUCCGAUCCAGCCCUCAUUGAGCUUAACUAGAGAAAAUCUCUCUCUCUCUCGCAGCUCACGAAUCGCCACUCCACUCGCUUUACACCCCUCACAUGGCCACCAGCAGCGCCGCAGCGUAGUACUUACAAUCCAUCCGCGUGGUUCUAGAAAAGAGAAUUCGCAUCUUCACAUGGUAGUGUCAGAUCUCCUAGUCCCCUGUUCUUAGAGUUUUCCUUUUAGGGUUCUUAACUUAGGGCAAACUGUAAAGCUGACGUGGCAUAUCUAGAUAUUCUUUUGGAUAUUUCUUGUUUGAGUGAGAGGUGAGAGGUGAGAGGAGGAGAACGAUGGCUUGCAGUGUUCCCGGCCUUGGCGGGACUAGGGCACCGUUUAGGGUGUGCGAGCAGCGCCUGGGAUCGGGCCUGGGGCUUCUCUCGUCGCCAUGGCGCUCCAGAUCGUCUGCGCCAUCGCUAGCCCGCCGGAUUGGAUUCCACCAGGUACGCGCCUCGCUCGCGCCAGGAUCGGCCGCCGAGCGCCUCCAAUCCCUCUCCGGCGUCGUCAGCGAUGAGAAUGUGCCCGAGGGCCACUCGGGGCUGCACGGAUUCCUCUACGGCGAGGCCGGGGCGGAGGUCCACGGCGACGGCGCCGCCAAGGAAUUCCAGGGCCGGGAAGGGGAGGACGAUGGAACCAGCGUCCUGGAGCUCGAGAGCUAUGUCUCGGCGAGAGAGAGCAUCAAAUUCCCGGGGGUCUACGCCGUCUAUGGCAAGAACAAGGCGGUGGAGUACGUUGGCUUCUCCAGGAACGUCGUCCUGUCGCUCAAGACGCACAGAACCCGCGCCGGCGAGGAGCGCUGCGCGUUUGUGAGGGUGAAGCUCUUUGGCGAUCCAUCGCUCGUCACCAAAUCGAGGCUGGAGGAAGAGAAGCAGCGCUGGAUCCGAGAGCUCGAGGCCGUGCCACCGGGGAACUCCCCGGAAGAACAGAGCCUCUGGUCUUCUUCCGCAAAGGUGGUGGAGACGAGCAGCGCCAAGGCCAAGUCCAUGUCCGAGAGCGAGCGGAGGGAGUAUGAGGAGAAGAAGCUCAAGCUGCGCAAGGCCAUGGGCGAGAACUUGCACGACGACGUCGAUGGCGAGGACGAGGAUGCCAAGCUGCGGCGCCUCAAGAUCUUGCAGGCCGUGGAGGGCGAUAACUGGAGCAGUGUGAUCGAUGGCCAGACCAUGGAAACUGUUGGCUCCUCCGCUGAUUCUUCGUCUUCGAAUUCUUCUUCUUCGACUUCUUCGCGCGAGGUGGUGAGCCCGUUUGAGUCGAGCAACACGAGCAGCACAGCGGGCAGUGGCUUGUACUCCGCCGAGACGUAUGAUUUCACCGCGGAGAACGUUGACAAGGUGCUGGACGAGGUGCGGCCAUACCUGGUAGCUGAUGGUGGAAAUGUGGCCGUCGUCUCGGUCGCGGAUGGAACCGUCUCGCUGGAACUCCAAGGGGCUUGCGGGACUUGUCCCAGCUCCACGUCCACCAUGAAAAUGGGAAUCGAGCGAGUCCUCCGGGAGAAAUUCGGCGACGCUGUGAAAGAAGUGGUCGACAUCAACAGGCCAAGUGUAACUUUGACAUUUGAAGCCUUGAAUGGACAGAUUGACAUGCUGAGAAGCGCCAUCGAAGGCUACGGUGGUGUGGUACAGCUCGCCACUGUUGAUCCUGCCAAGGGAGAGUGUCAAAUAAAAUACAAAGGCCCGGUGCCGCUGGGCCUGGGGAUCAAGGCUGCCAUCAGAGACAAGUUCCCGGAGCUCAACGUCGUCUUGAUCGAUCCUUAGAGGAUCAGAAAACUUGUUUGUGGCUUCAUCACCAUCUGGAAUAACAUGGUGUCAAAAUUCGUCGACGGCGAA